AUGGCCAAUGCCUCAGUCGCUCAGGCUGAGCAUGAGACUGUUUACGAGCCCGUACCUGCCGAUUCCCCCGACCUUCAUGCACGUUCAGCUGCUUCUCCUUCCAGGUCACCCAUCCUUCCCGAAAUAUCAAGCCCGCCUUUGUCCCUUCCCUUCGAACUGUCCUCCCGAGAUGGCGACCUUCCGAUAUUGUCGCAGGCUGCAUCAGCCUCAAUAGGCGUGGGAUCACUACUCAAGUCGUUGUCAUCGUCGCAGUCGUAUCAGAUGGUCGAGGCCGAUGACUAUGAGGAGCCGAUGCCCAAGUACCCAGAACAACAGGUCAGGAUGGAUGACGCUUCUCCGACGCCAGAACCGACAGCAUUUCAGUCGGGCGACGCUCCAAUCAGAACAGCUUCGAUCAGCCGUCACCUGCCUCUGAAUCACCCUACUCCCGAUCUACAGUCGCUGCAAGGGGCGCUGGUCAAAAAUGUGGAACGGUUAGAAGAAAGCGCCGAGCGUCUGAGCAUGACCUCGAGCCUGGAGGGCGAGCUGAACAAGAUGAAGCAAGAUCAGAAACGCCUCGAGCAACAGUCCUCGGCCACCCCUGCUCUGGACAACAUCUACCGUCCUUCGGUACAAAGGCAAUACUCGACAGGCUCAUGGUCCAACUCGAUAUUGGGCGUGAAUCACGCAGCCAGGACGGGGGGAUACUCUCCGUCAGGAUACAUCACCUCUCCCACCGGCUCGAUACGCUCGGGACCGUGGUCACCUCCUCAGCUUGUGGAAAGACGUUCAUCUCAGGACAGUCGUCACAGUCGUCGCAGUCACAAUCACGCUCUACCCGAUCCCCCUGUCGAAGGUCGCCCACUGGAUCUACAAUCAGAUCGCCGUCCGUCCGUCUCCGUUUCCGUGCACCCCGAAGACGGGAGCGCUGCGCCAGAGGCAUCGCCGAGGCAUUCUCAUACCUCUAGUCACGAGGACAGACCGCCCACGUCCGCUUCGAACGACACGUACCGUCAAGCACAAUCUGCGUUUGAGAACUUUGAUGGUGUACAUUACAAUGGGUCCAUGUCGAUCGAGGGAGCUACUGCCCUCUCACGACAGGUUUCCCUGAAUCAUCCGCCUCUUGCACGAGAUUCUAAGGUCUACAGAGAAGCACAACCGGGAGAGCGGAUGAUAUACUAUCCUGCACCGGUUCCUGUUAUGCUCAAUCUGCCUCAGAGGUUGUCGAGGAUGGAUAUCAGUGAGCGUGAAAAGCGCCGACUCAAGGCUUUGAGUACUGUCCCGGACGACUUUCGUAAGUCGGCGGCCUGGCUUGGGGAACAAGAUAAUGCCGAACUGCCGGGUCAAAAUACUGCCCUCAAGUUGCCUCCUCAGCUACGCGCGAGUGCCUUCUUCGAGCACCCGAGCGUGACUCAAGACUUGCAGCUGAAGAAUGGCUCAGCCGUCCAAACGCUGGACAGCAUUUUGGACGCUGCUGCGUAUGCGCCCGUCUCUGCGUUCACUGACCAUCCAAUAGCCGGCCAGGUCGGGAAGGAGGUCUACGGUCCGGAUGCGUCGCCACGGAAGAGUGUGCAGUUGGAUGGAGCCAAAGCGAAGAAACGUCGGAGCUCCAUCGGCACAAUGCUCAAAACGAGGCGGUCCAGUACUGGUCUUUCUGUCACUGGUCUGAUGCGUCCAAAGUCGAGGGGCUCUCAGAAUCUCGAUGCUGAAGACCAUACAAGUGGAGACGAACUUGAGCGGGCGGCAGCAGAAUCAAUAUCGCCUGAUGCCGACGAAAUACCGGAUGAGGAAGAGGACAAAGAUGUGGCUCCGUCAGGGUUUUCUACAGCCCCGACCACUCUGCUCGCUGAACUGCAAAUGCGUAAAGAACAGCAAAAGUUACGAAAUCGUACUGCGGCAGAUGCGUUCCCGAAUGGCAUGCACUCGACCUUGCUCGAGCUUGACGCAGUCACUCAACUCCAGCAGAAGGCUCGGAAAACCAAGCAUGUCACUCUCGCUUGGGAGGAUCAUGACGAGGCAAACAAGCAGAACUUUGACGACGACGAUAUACCUCUCGGUGUUCUUUUCGCGGAAAAAGAUAGGGCUGCUCACCUCAAUGCUCAUCGACCCGUCGGGCUCAUGGAGAAGCGAGAGAUGGAGGACAAUGAACCCUUGAGUCAUCGAAGAGCGAGGCUGAGAGGCGAGCCGCUUCAAUCCGCGAAGUCCGAGACCAGGAGCCAAGUCGGCGAGGAGAGUCGGGCGCCGGUCAUUGGUGAGGUACCUGGCAUAUCGGAAGAGCCACUUCCCGAAGACGAGGAAGAGACUCUGGCACAACGAGCCGCCAGGAUCAAGCUCGAAAAGGAGAAAGGCACCGGCGGUCAAUUUACAGACGAGGUGGCGUCCCAGCUCGGCAUCAAUAUCCAGAACGACGGCCCAUCGCCAUCGAAGACUCCGGAUGUAGAAGAGACACUGGCCCAACGGAGGAAGAGGCUCAAAGAGGGAGGUGCCGCCGAUCCGCGGCUCAAAUCCAUGCAUAGCAUGGCCGACAUUCUGCAAGCGCAUCCUACGGGUAUUCGAGAACAGGCCAGGCCAGCUGGCCUGCCACGCACGAACUCGAUUCAAGUCCACAGCCCGACUUACACCACAGUCUGGGGUUCUUCUCAGCCGAAUAAUACACUGGGUGCUUUCAACGCCCCCUACGGCUACCCUAACAACAUGCCUUACAUGAAUGCUCCAUACAUGAAUGCUGGGUUUGGCGUAUCGCCCUUGCCGGCAUACAUGCAGCCGACAUACCCCUACGCAUACGGCAAUCAACCAUAUCAACCAUACAUAGCUGACCCGAUGAUGGGCCCGCCCUUGGAUCCCAAGCAACGAGCGCACAUUGAUCGUUGGCGGCAGAGUAUUGCACAGUAG